CCCAAAACAAUAACAAUGUCUGAGAUGCAUAACAAUUGGAUGGAUCGUUAUGGGCGUAGCUACAAAGACGCCAUUGAGAAGGAACAGCGUUUCAACAUAUUUGUGAAUAAUGUCAAUUUCAUUUCCUCCUUCAACACUGCCCACGCCAACCGAUCUUACUACCUCAGCAUCAACAAAUUUGCAGACUUGACCAAUGAAGAGUUCAGAUCUUAUCGUAACGGAUUCAAGAGAAGAAAUAGCUCUCAACCAAGGCUUAAUGAAUUCCAACAUGGAAAGAUGGAGAUUGGGGAGGUACCACCAUCAAGUGUGGAUUGGAGAAAGAAAGGAGCUGUUACCCCUGUCAAAGACCAAGGCGAUUGUGGAUGUUGCUGGGCAUUCUCAGCGGUGGCUGCUCUGGAAGGGAUUACAAAGCUCCAAACAGGAAAACUGAUCUCUUUAUCAGAACAAGAGCUGGUGGACUGUGACAACACCGAAAACAGCCAAGGCUGUGAAGGUGGUGUCAUGGAUGAUGCCUUUCAAUUCAUACAAGACAAUGGGGGACUUGCAACCGAAGCCAAUUAUCCCUACCAGGGUAUCGAUGGAACUUGCAACACUGCCGCACAAAACUCGAAUGCAGCUAAAAUCAGUGGCUAUGAAGAUGUGCCGGCUAACAAUGAGGCAGCCCUAUUGCAGGCUGUGGCCAAGCAACCAGUCUCCGUCGGCAUUGAUGCCAGUGGACAAGACUUUCAGUUCUACUCAGGCGGCGUUUUUAAUGGAGAUUGUGAUACGAAUUUGGACCAUGGGGUCACGGCAGUAGGGUAUGGGGAGACAGAUGAUGGGACUAAGUAUUGGUUGGUGAAGAACUCCUGGGGCACCGAUUGGGGUGAGGAUGGCUACAUAAGGAUGCAAAGAGAUAUAGAUGCCCUGGAAGGCCUUUGUGGUAUUACCAUGGAAGCCUCCUACCCAAUAGCCUAG